AGGAGCUUACCUGUCCCUCAUCUUUCUGCGCCACUUGAAACUCAGAGAGCUCCAGGUUUGCAGCUAGAAGGACAGGUGCUGCGCAGCACAGCAGAGGAGACGGGUUGGAUGAAUGUAGCCAGAGGAGGAAGAGGAGAGGCAGAAGGUCUCGGCUCUGUCCAGUAUAUUCACAGCACUCCUGUCGAUUACAAGGUCCACUGCUCAGAGUUCAUGGAGUUUGCAGAGGUGGAGAAUCUUCAUGAUUUUUACACCUCUGAGGGUCGUUACAUCCACACUCAGGACCCCAGAGGGUUUUACAUCAUGUACGACGCUGCUCUGCAGGACCUUGUAGAGCUGAUGAAUGAGCUUCUCCUCAUCGGCUCGCACUUCAUCCACAGAAACACAAUCAAACAAAUUGGAAAAACUGAGGGAGUGUCAGCCUCGACAGUAGAUUUCAACUCCUGGGCUGGGACAGAUGUUGACCGCGUUGCUUUGCUUCUCAAUUUGUGGGCAUGUGAGACUGAGUUCAUGGAGAGCAAAGUCCAGCUUUUAAACUGUUACUAUGAAGCCUACCAGCAUGCAGUGGGCACAGAGGAGAGGUUUGCAUUGGCCCAAGUUAUCACUGACAUCAUGCACAGGAAGCCACAGCUGGACCUGAACCAGGAUAACUAUUUUCAGGCCUACAGGACUGAGAUCAGCUGCAUGCAGAGCCACCAGCGGCUGAUCCGAGACAUUCUGGACAAUCAGAUAGAGAGACAGCGACUGUACCUUCAGCGCAUCUGGAGAAAUGAUCACAAAGGCUUUAUAACCAGCUAUGGUCGUCCACCCAACUAUGUUCCCCAAUAUUUGGUCUCACUUGGAGGCACGAGGCCUGCUCUGAUGAACGUAUUCCUGCUAGAAGUUCACCCAUCACUCUGUCUGGCCUCUGCAGUCUAUCACGGAUUGGUUCAGGCUCACACUGAACUAUGUCAGUUGCACCGAGCCACGAGCAUCACUGACAAACUCCACCUCGAACACAACCUUUUAGAGCAGGCACUGAAAAUCUGGAACAACCAGACUUCACCAGGAGCCUCCUACAGCUCACAAAUACAAAGAGAUUUGUUCUCAGACGUGUUUAUUGAGGAUCCAAUUUUGGUCCAGAAGUUGGGCCUGUCACUAGUAAAAGCUGCAGAGGAGAGGGACAUGAAGCAAGGACCAGACAAGCUGACAGACUGUGCUGUAGAAACAUUGUCCAUGCUGCUGGAGCUUAUGAGCAUCCGCCAUCGCCUGCUGGAAUCUGCCUCAGAGACGGCACAUCUGGCACAGGAGGCUUUCCUCUCCUCUGGUGAUGUUACUUCCUGCCAGAGUGUAAAUGACAACAUGGCGAACGCUCUCCCUCCAAUGAUUGGCUGCAUCCAGACUGACGUCUUCAGUCUCACGCUGCCCGUUCCUCAACCUUUGGAGAAUCAAGGCUGUCAGGCACAGAGGAUGUAUCCAUGGAGGAGUUUCAUAGCCUGUCAUGGACUGCUCCCUCUUCAUGUUUGGGAUGUCCCACCUACUGAACACUGCAUGCAGCUCUGUUUGAGCAGCCUGAGCAGUCGCAGCAGACUGCAGGCCAAUGCUGCAAUCCUUGGGGUGUCCCUGCUCAUGGAGGACGUCCUGAACGGUGGAAGAGAGGCAGAGCCUGUUCGUCUCCAUGGCAACAAAGAUGACCUUCAGCAUAGUGGCACACCUAAUGAAGUAGCGACAGUUUCUAACAAGGGAAAUAAAAGCUGCAGUGAAGAUGAUGAAGAAGAGGAGAUAAAGAUCAAUUCCUCAAACCUUCAAGAUCCAAUCAGAGUCCAGUCUGUGCUGAAAGGUUUUCUCCUGCUGACAAAGCAGCUGGAGGUCUUCAAGGAGAGAUGGGCUCUAAGACGUUUAGGCGCCGAUGUCUUCAGUACACCUGCUUUGUAUCAACAGUUUGUAAAACUUUACCGAGAUGAAAUCUUUUACCCCAGUAUGAGAGCUCUGGCUAAACAAAUGGAUAAAGAGCAUCACUAUGAGGUUUUAAUCUCUGGCACCCAGUCUCUUCUGCCCCCUCCUGGAGCUUCAGAGGUUGAUGUGAAAGCCUGGCAGCUCCACCUGCUGAUGGAGAGCACAGAGUGCGACAUGAUUAGAGCAGUGCAGAGAAAGAUGAGCAGAGAGCUCACACUAGUGCUUUCAGAGAAAACUCAACAAGAUAAUCGGCUCCCCACAGAGCUGUGGAAAAGAAGUCAAAUGAAGUACAGUUUGUCCCGUGAGAAGCCACAGAUGGUGGAAACAUUCAUCCAACAGCUGAUGCAGGGAGCUGAGCAGUCGGAGGGAGAGCUGAAGGUCUCUCGGGAUCAUCUGCAGCAGUGUCUCACUCACCUCUGCUCCACAGUGAUGGAGCGAGAGCGCCAAUGCUUUCUGCUUUACUCACAGUUUUAUGAACAAAUCCUGCAGCAGCACACUCAGCUUCUGUACCAGAGAGAACAGGAUUUGAAAAGUCUGAAGGACGCUCAGACAAGUAAUUCUCACAAAGAGGUGGCAGAUUUAUGCCGUGGGAUGAUGUUGGAGGUCUCAGCCCUGUGGGCCCAAGUUGCUCACCUGGAAGAAGAGAAAAUUAAUUUAGAGGAACAGCUCGGCCUCACAUUCAAAGAACGCUACCACCCUCUGGUCCGACACCUUUUCUCUACCUGCAUCCAGUUAAAGGCCAGACUUGAUGAAUAUCCCCGACAAAUGAGGCGGGACAUAAGUGUGAUAGUGAACAGAGCACGGGGGGAAGGAGUGGACAAGAUCAUCAAGCUCAAGAAGAGGUACGGCUGCACCAAAGACAAUGAUGGACUCGCCCUCACACAGUUAAAGAAGGAAGAAGUCCACGAGUUGAAGCUGGAGAACAGCCGGCUGACUGCUCUGCUCUGUAAACUGAAGGCUCUGAGAUGCUGGAGGAAGGUGGUCGACCAGGAGAAACUUCACAGGCAACUGCUCCAAACCAAGCAGAGGGAGGUUACCACUCGCACUGAGGCUCUCAGAGUGAAAAUGUUAUCAGAGGAUAAGAUGGCUCUCCUGCAGGGGGAGCUGGACUUUGCACAGCAGGCGCUGACCUGCUCUCAGGCCGAAUGCAGCAGCAUCAAGAAGCAGCUCAGCAGGAAGACAGAGGAGCUCCAGGUGUUCAGGCAUCGGUCUGCACGGGAAGCCCGCAGCAGACAGGAGCUGGACGCUCAUCUAGUGCAGACCUUGGAACAAAUGAGAGCCGACAUGGAGGAUAGAGACAGACAGCUCAGGGCCCUCGGUGAGCAGCUGGACAGAGGCAGCAGGAUAAACAGGCUACAAAGAGAGCGCAGUGCCAAAGAGAUCCGGCAGGUGAGGGGGCAGCUACAGCAGCAGUGCAGCCUUAAACAAGAGGCCUUUCAGCAGCUGGAUAAACUGCAGAACCAGAUGAACGAUGUGGAGGCAGCUCUCUCCAGAGGAGCUUCGACAGCAGGUCAAAGCAGGACUUAUUCCACGCUGUCAGUCAGCAGACUGAGUACUAGAAGUCCCUCGACAGGUCUGCACCGGAACAGGCUGCAUUCAGCCCUGCAGCCUGGCAGCCUCACAAACUACACCACACCUCAGGACUUUGCAACAGAGCCAAGACAGCAGAGAGCAGAAACAGCCAGAGGUCUUUCAAACAUGAGCACAGACAGAUCUAAAGCAGAUCUGUGUCGCCUGCGCCUCCCGAUAGCCGAGGCUUUGUUCCCAGAUCUGUGAGCUCUGUCACAGGUGCACCUACAUCUUUCCUCGGCCGCCCUCUUUUGCGCUUCACCAGCUCUGCAUCUUCAGCUUUGUUUGCUUG